AUGGCGGCGGCGGUGGAGGAGGCCGCGGAGGCUCUGUCGGUGCUGCUGGGCCCGGCCGCCGGUACCGAGGCCCGGACGGGGGCAGCGGAGGCGGCUCUGGCGCUGUCGGGAACGGCCGAGGGGCGGCGGCUGCUGACGGAGCGGCCCCGGCUGCUGCGGGCGCUGCUGGAGCUGGCGGCGGGGCCUGGACCUGCCCGUCGCUGCCUGCUGAACGUGUCCGCCGAGCCCGCAGCCCGGGGGACGCUGCUGCCGGCGCUGCCCGCUCUGGUGCCGCUGGUUCCGGCCGGGCCGGUCUGCGGGCUCCUGGCUAACCUGAGCCGGGAGCCCGGCGGGGCCCGGGCCGUGCUGCGGGCGCUCGGCUCCCGUUGGGACGCUCUCCUGCGGGCGCUGGUGCAGCCCCGACCACCACCGGAGCUGGGGCCGCUGCUCUGCAACCUCAGCCAGGUCCCCGAGGGCCGGAGCCGGCUCCUGGACCGCUCCCGGUGUGCGGUGCAGCGGCUCCUGCCAUUCACGCAGUACCGGGGAUCCACCGAGCUCCGCCGCGGCGUCGUGGGUGCGCUCCGGAACUGCUGCUUCCAGCACGAGCACCACGAGUGGCUGCUGAGCGAGGCUGUGGACAUCCUGCCCUUCCUGCUGCUGCCCCUGGCUGGGCCCGAGGAGCUCCCUGAGCAUGACAUGGAGCGCCUGCCCCCAGACCUGCAGUACCUGCCCCAGGACAAGCAGCGGGAGGAGGAGCCUGACAUCAGGAGGAUGCUGCUGGAAGCCAUCAUGUUGCUCACGGCCACGGGCCCCGGACGGCGCCGGGUGCGGGACAUGGGCACGUACGUGGUGCUGCGGGAGCUGCACGGCUGGGAGCAGCACCCGGGGGUGCGGGCGGCCUGCGAGCGCCUGCUGCAGGUGCUGAUCGGGGACGAGCCCCCCCCGGGCAUGGAGAACCUGCUGGAGGUGAAUAUCCCAGAGGAUGUGGAGCAGCAGCUCCAGCGCCUGGACCUGGAGGAAGAGGAGCAGCAGUGGUGGGAGCCAGAGCCAGAUCCAGAGGGACCCUCUCGGUGACACAGGCUCAGCCUCAGCAUCCCCUGGGGUGCCAAUGUGGGACCCACCUUGAGGUCCUGCAGGGCAGGGCCCCCCCUUUGCCUUUCCCAUGGGGUGAGGCUGGAAUGUGGGGCUGGGGGCAGGAAGGGGUCGAUGCUCCCUGCCUGGUGCCCCCUGCCCAGCGCUGUGGGGCUGGAUCCCCCCGCUUGGCCCACAUCUGGACCCACACAAUGUGCCUUGAGGAAUAAAAGGU